CACUGCCUGGUCGACCCGUAGGAGCAAACUUCGCAGUGGCCAGCUGCCCGGGGGCCGGUGAGGACGAGCAUGUACGCGAACACGUCGAGCCGCCUCGUGUUGGGGCUGCUAAGCCGUCAGACGACCGCGGGGGGACGGAGCGCCUCUAGCGGGACUGCGGUGUGCAAACAGCGGGCACUGUGGCUGCGGGAGCGCGCCUGUCUGGAGACCCCACGGCGCGUCGUGACCUGUCACUCCAGAGCUCGGUCAGCUUCCCAACCCACAGUGGACCCCGAUGAGGUGAGGAGGUUCCAGUCACUGGCCGGCAAGUGGUGGGAUGAACGAGGAGAAUUUGCAGCUCUUCAUGCAAUGAAUGACCUGCGGGUGCCUUUUAUACGGGAUAACCUGCUGAACGUGCACGUGGCCCGUCACCCUGGGAAGCCCCUCGGAGGGCUGCGAGUCCUGGAUGUGGGCUGCGGAGGAGGCCUGCUCACAGAGCCCCUCGGUCGCCUGGGGGCCAAAGUGUUGGGUAUAGAUCCGGUAGGCGACAGCAUCGGUACGGCCCAGCUGCAUUCGUCCAGGGACCCGGACCUUCGGAACCGGGUCUGCUACCGGGCCUGCACUCUGGAGGAGCUUUCAGCGGAGAGGGAGGGAGGAGAGGAGGAGGAGGAGGAGGGGGCGGGCCAGUACGACGCCAUUGUGGCCUCCGAGGUGGUGGAGCAUCUGGCCGACCUGGAAACAUUCGCCUUCUGCUGCAACCACGUGCUGAAGCCGGGCGGCUCUCUCUUCAUCACUACUAUUAAUAAAAGCAACCUGUCGUACGCGUUGGGUAUUGUUGUCGCCGAGCAGCUGCUGCGCAUCGUUCCCAGCGGGACGCACGACUGGGAAAAGUUCAUCAGUCCUGUGGAACUGGAGCGCCUCCUGGAGUCCAAUGGUUUCUCAGUGCAGUCCGUCCGAGGGAUGCUGUACAACCCCGCAUCAGGAGCCUGGAGCUGGACCAACAGCACCGCCAUCAACUACGCCCUCCACGCGGUCAAAGUGAGGGACGCAGAGGAGAGCGCCUCCCACCCAGAGGGCCGCAGCUGAGCCAAACAACCCGAGGACCAAGUCAGAAGAGAGAGAGAGAGAGAGGGGAAAAGAAAAUGUACAUUCGGAUGUGAUGCGGCGAAAUGAUGCUGACGCAGUUGGAGGAAACGGACCGAACGGCCUUGAGAUGGAAUGUAGUGGCCGAGUCGCAAACCAGAACAGGAUUGUGUCACGCUUUUUGGUUUCCUCCUCAGCCUUUGCUAGGAGGUGACGCAAACAGUUCGAGGAAUGUUCAGUGAGAGAGCGACGUGUAACCGCGCAACUUAUUUUGAGGUUGAGUCCCCUAAUAAAAAUGUGGAAAUACAA